GUUGCAAUCACCAGAACUUGGUUACUAUAUACGACACUAAAGCACUUAAUUGAGGAGAAGACAUGAACAACUUCACAAUGCCAGAUAAGAAGUAUUUUCUAUUUGCUGCUCGAAGAGCAGAUGAUCAACUUAUACUAGUCGUCCCAAAAUCUGGAGAACGUUUUUUGAUGAAUGAGGAGUUACUUCGUAGGGACUAUAACGUUCAGCUUGGAGAUUUUCUUCACUGCAAAAUCAACAGAUCCAAAGAAUUAUACGACAUUUCAAAAACGAAACAUACUGCAAACAUUUCUACAGUUGUCAACGGGGAUGAAGCAAUUAUAGAAAAUCUCAGAGCCGAUCUUGUUUCUAGCGAUGAACUUUUGCUUUUUCAAUCCCAACUGUUUGAUGAUAUUAGAUGCUGGCAAUCCGAUCAGCCAAUCGGAAGAUACUACAUCAAAAUGAGACUAUUCCCCACGUCUCGCGAAAUGAGCGGCAGAAUGAUUCAUUAUGAAGUUGUAAAAAUUACUGGAUCGGUGAAAUCAAUAGAACUAAACAAACAACAAGGGAAUUUUCAACAGAACAUUGAUUCCGGAUAUUCCGCGGCUUCUGAAAAAACUGAAUCGAGUGCUGGAUUUUCGCAAUCUCCGGCAGCGGGAUUACCAUCUCCACAGAACUUAAUUUAUCCUGCAGGUAGCAAAAAAAUAGUUUCACAGCAGGGCACACAGGUUGUUGGACCCGGAUGCCCAUUAGUAAAAAAAGAAGAAACUCCGGCAAACAAAAUUAUGGGCACGGGAUUUCCAAAAUCUACAAAAAGAGAAGAAAAUGUUUUCGGAUCCGAAUUAUUGCAACAAAAGAAAAACAAUGAAAAGCCAGGCUCAACAGUUGGCAAAGGAUUUACUACUUCACAAACGAUAGGAGAGAAGCAAAGAGCUGUUGUGACAAGUAUCGACGCAAAACGACCUGGUACAUAUUACUUGUGGAAUCUCGAUUCAAAAACUGAAGGCUUGCUCAAAUCAACAACCCCGUUGGAAUUAGGCCAUCAAUUUGCAGGAAUUUUUGUAAACCAGGAAAAUGGAAAAUGCUUUUGCAAAGAAUAUAUAGGUGAAAUAGAACGAGUUUUGGAAGGCAAAGUGAAUGAUACAAAUAAGGUGAAUUUAACUGUUAAACUGCUCGAUUUUCAACCAGCAGGGGUUAACAGAAGACGUGCAAGUGGGACUGCAAAAUAUAUAGGAGAUGUGUUAGAAGGAAACACGGAAGACACUAAACUCACAAUUGAAUGCAUCGGAAAAAAGGUCAACAUUGAACGACGUAAAUUUGGAGAGAAGGACUUUGUUUGGAUGGUUACCGAGAUUCGUAACUGUAGCCAAUACGACCAAAAAAUCUUUUAAUCAACUUCAAAUGUAUGUUUCGACGGUCGUUGGAAAAGGAUUCCAACGGCCUCAAAUAUUAUUUUUUACUUUAAAUUCAGAAAUGUAUUGUUUGACAAAAAACAUUUUCUGUUUCAGAAUAUUUUAAUCCUUGCUUGUUCAUGUUUAAUUGUAAAAGUAAGAAUCACAUAUAAGUUUUUUCUUUAUAAUGUUUAUUGAAUAUUAAUACCUAUAUCUAUAAAGUUGGAAAACUAA